AUGUUGGAAGAAGCAAUUGAUUUAUUUAUUCAACGUAAAUUACAUGCUGUUGAACCAACAGUUACUUAUGAACCAUGCCAAAUAAUAGAAGCAUUACUACGAUAUAAUAGUGGUCAAGUUAUGGAUAAAACUGUUUUUCGUAUAACUUCAUCUGAUCAACCAUCGAAUAUCAACAUAAACCAAUCGAAUAAUUUAUUAGAAGAUUUAGAAGAUCUUAUUACUGAUUUAAUUAGUGGAUCAAUUUUUUGUUAUAAAAUUGAACGUUCACAUUAA